AUGACGGAGACCGGGCAUCCAGCCAAGAGGCGCUUCUGGAGUGUGUUGACACUAGUGGCCUACAUCUUCUGCAUAGCGCUUCCUGUAUGGUACAAUUCUGUACGGAUACCCCGUGUGGCUUUGCCUCGUGACGAGAUUGAAGCGCUGGCAGCUGCCGUGUCGGAGCCCCUGGCCGCGGCCCUUUCGUCCACCAUCACCGUUUACGUCGUCUGCCCGGGCCCGGGCUACUCCUGUUUGGAGUACCGGCAGUUGUCGGACUUCGCCCAGCAGCUCGGCCUGGCGGUGCUGGAGCAGGCGGGAAUGCGGGGAGAGCAGGCGCCGCUGGUCGUGCGUGUACUACAUGACGCUCCGGACAGCUGUAGCGCCUCCUCCUGGGUGGCUCCAGGGGAGGCUGCACGCCGGGUCGCCGCCGCCGCCAAGGGGCCGCUCGGUGGCGGCCCUGCGAGCGCCGUUAGCGGCGGUGGCGGCGGCACGGAUGGCGGCAGCGGCUGCUUAGACUUGGUGACGUCUCCCGACCUGCACCGUAUCGUGAUGGGCGGCCAGGACCGGGACUUUGACGACUGGGCCGCGGGGCAGCUGGCUGGGCAGGAUAGGCCCGGCAACUACCACCUGUUUGUGGUGCCUGACCCGUGGCUGGGUCCCUCGGAGCUGCCGUACGGAUCCGUGGGGCGCCGCCGUGUGGCGUUUGUGCGUCACCCGCCGGCGUUGGGACCGACCCAUGGGUCCGUGAUUCGCCUAGCGGCUCUCCUGGCGGCACCCGCCUUCGCCUCGCAACUGGGGGCCCCGUUGCCGGCCGGCACCCCCUCCUCCCCCACCCCCGAGAUCCCCGACACCGACACGAACCCCGACUCCGAGACCUCCCGUCAGCCCCUCCCCAUCAGCGCCACCGCACAGCUGCACCUGUCCUUCAGCCUUUGUAACGCACAACCCUCCCCAAACCAUCACGACGGCGGGGAUCGCGGCGCCUCCAUCGCCCCCGCUGCUGCUGCGGCAUUCACUUGGAGCUUUCCCCAGUUCGAGGCCCAGUUUGUUGCUCCUCUGAAGCGCGUGCUGUCACCUGCUGCGCGAUUGACCGCGUCCAGCCAGGUCCUGUACUUCACGCCUGCGCGCGUCAACGGCAACUGGGACGAGCACCGGGGUGCGUUCGUAUUGCCGUACGCCCAGCUGCCGUUCUUCGUGGAUAGCUCCUGGCCGCUGGAUCCGGGUCGUACCGGCCUGCCCACGUCCGCUGCGGGGGACGGCGGAGUGCCGUACGACGUCGCGGCUGUUACCGUCGGUUCGCGCCGCGUCACCGUCGGGGAAGCGAUGACGAUGCCGCAAGCCGGCGCGCCGGGGGCCGCCACAGGGGCAGCUGCGGCGGCGGCCGCAAUGCCGCACCUGUUACCGCCACCGGCGGCGGCGGCGUUGCCGCCGGCAGUGCUGCACUUUGUGCUGUACGCUCCGCCGCCGCAUCAGCGGCCGCUGGUUUUCCUAGGCCCUGAUGGAUCACCGGCACCCGCCAACUCCUUUCGGGUGCCGGGUUGGGGCAUGCUGCAGGUGCUAAACCAGGUUCCGGAGCCGGACCUCAUUUCGGCGCAAGUGGGCGCGGAGGCCAUGGAGGCCUUUGCCGUCGAGCUUGUCUCCCAGCUAAGGGCUCUGUUGGGACUGGGCCCCGCUCGCCGCCGCCUGCUGCGCCUCGUACAAGCUUCUGCCAACACCAGCGCUGCCGCCGGUGCCGCCGGUGCGAGCGCCGUCGGCCGCGUGACGGUACUCUCAGCGCUGCGAACAGGCCUGGCGCCGUGGGAGGUAGAUGCGCUUGUACGGCGGCGUGUACGGGAAGACGCCGCCGGCGCUGCCGCCACGUUGGCGGCCCUGGCACGACUGCUCCGGCAGGUGCCGACGCUGGCGGUUCCGGCCCAUGUGGGUGCCCAUGUACGGCAGGCGGUGGCGGCGCUGUGGCGGACCCUGCGGCUGGCGGCGCAGGGGCGAUACGAGGAGGCGUCCCGUAGGUCUGCUCAGGAGACUCGAAGCUAUUCCGAGGCCGCCUUCUCCGACCCCGCCUUGUCCUCCCGGCUCAACGUGCCCGACACGCACCUGGUGGGGGUGUACCUGCCCUUCUGUCUUCCGGCAGUGGUGCCGCUGCUGCAGGCAUUGCUGCAAGAAUUUCGGCAGCAGCGGAGGAGGAGGAAGGAGGGAGAGAAUGUUAGGAGGAGGAGCUGCACAGGAAGACCUGAGGCGGCGACGGCUGCAGAGGCGGGUCCGACCCAGGGCUCUGGGGGCAAGGCACCGCCGCGACAGGAAGCGGCUGCGGCGGGGGAUACUGCGACGGUCGCCGCCGAGGUUGAGAACAAAGCCAAGGAUGGAUCUGGGGAUGAGGGGGGAAGCACCCUUCGGCCAGCUCGGAGGACUGUCCGUGUCAUGGCGUAUGCAACCGACGUGCCAGAGGAGGCUUACGCUUGUGUGGGUCUGGCACAAUGUUUUAGGAAAACUGGCGGCGGCCUCGAGCCCGUGCUUGUCAUCGAACCGCUCUCGGCGUCUUCGCUGGAGUGCCUCGCAAACGGUGCCCGCACGUCUUACAAAAUGGUUACGGGAGUUAGUUUCGGCGACGCCAUGAAUCGGAACAGGGACGUGCUACCCGACGCCUUCAGGGAUGCCCCCUUCUGCGAGAACUACGAGUUUCGCUGCGAGGCGGCAGCGCGAACCUGGCAACGUCCCCACGCGCAGGACAAUUUGAUGGACAUUGUGCCGCUUGGAAAGGCCCGCAGCAACUUCAAUUUCAGCUUGGAGGACAAGCGGAUCCUGAACAUGGACAACGUAGUGAACGAUUCUGACAACAUCAAGCAGGAUAUGUCCAUCGACGUGUACGGCCGCAAGAAAGCCGAUGACCUCAAGGCCAAACAGGCGACUGAGGCCGCUGCCGCCAAGGCUGCUGAGGAGGCCAAAGCCACCAAGAAGCAGAAAGAGGAGGAUGACCUGGACGCUUUGCUGCUGGCGUAA